AUGGCCACCUCGGGUGCCGGAGAGAGGUUUCUACCGCGAAGCGAGGCCGACGCCAUCCCGUUCUCCUUCGGCGAGGUCCCUCAGAUCCUCAGCCGCUUCUCCGUGAAGCCGGACUCCCAGGAGGCGGCGGAGAUGGCGCGGACGCUGCACGUCUGCGAGGCGCCGGCGGCCGAGGGCGAGAAGAGGUGGUGCGCCACGUCGCUAGAGUCGAUGGUGGACUUCACCACGUCCAGCCUCGGGACCAGCAACGUGAGGGCCGUGUCCACCGUCGUCGGUAUGGAGGGAACGCCGAGGCAGGAGUACACCCUGACCGGCGUGAAGCGCGCCGGCGACGACCAGCUCGUGGUCUGCCACGCGGAGCCGUACGCGUACGCCGUGUUCGCGUGCCACCUGACGCAGGCGACGAGGGCCAACACAUUGUCGAUGGUCGGCGAGGAUGGCACGGCGGUGGAGGCAGUCGCGGUGUGCCACGCCGACACGGCCGGCUGGAACCCGAGGCACGUCGCGUUCGAGGUGCUCAAGGUGCAACCCGGCAAGGUGCCAGUGUGCCACUUGGUGCCGCAGGACCACGUCGUCUGGACCCGCAGCCUGACGUUCGCUACCUAUUUGGAUGUCUGA